ACCCCUAAAAUAUCACUUGAGAGGGGUUUAGGGUUUUGUAUACUGGCGAUUGAAACCCACGCCGUCGCCAACCACGUAAGCCGGCAUUUCUCCGCCGCCGCUGUUUCACGCAUUUGCCGAUCAGUAACAGAAAGUAACUGUUAAUUGUUGCGAGUAGUUCUUUUCGAAUUAGAGAUCGGGCACAAACAUCAUGUGGUAUCUGUGCGUAUUCUUCCAUAGAUUGUUGGAGUACAGGAAAGCGGAGUUCGAAUCCCUCGCCGGCCUUUUCACCGACGGGGACGGCGCCUCUGAACUUCAGUGGCGGCUGCCGGAGGACCACCACCCGGACUCACCCUUCCAUUUCGUCAAUCUUCCUUCUGAAGAGAUUGCUCGCAACAUUGCGAAUCGAAGUAUUCUUGUUAAAGGGAUAUAUGAACUUUGGGGAGAAGGACGGAGUUUUGAGGAGCUGGAGGAGGCUAUCAGUAACUAUCCUGAUGCCCGGAAGUUGCCGUACUUAACUGCUGAAAGCACUUUCAAAAUUAUGGUCGAAAGCUUCGGAAAAGCAUUAAGCUUUCACGAGCAAAGUGAUCGCAUACAAAAACUGGCAUAUAUUCCAUUUAAGGGGAGAGUGAACCUGCGAAAUCCUGAUCAUAAAUUCUGCCUUAUGGAUAACGAUGAUUAUGGAGAGAAUAAUGGACUCCCUCCAAUUGUUCAAAGAAGAAUCUUUUUUGGUAGAGAAGUAGGGGCCGCUGAUAGGAAGAUAUUGCAAACUUACCAGCUAAAAAGCCGCAAAUAUCUUGGGCCAACAGCCAUGGAUGCCGAAAUUGCAUUCCUGAUGUCAAACCAAGCACAAGUCAAACCAGGGAAGCUUGUUUUUGAUCCUUUUGUUGGUACAGGAAGCAUUCUGAUUGCAGCUGCCCAUUUUGGCUCAAUGACAAUGGGUGCAGAUAUUGACAUUCGAGUAGUUCGUGAUGGUCGUGGACCUGAUUGUAACGUCUGGAGCAAUUUUAAACAGUAUGGAUUGCCAAUGCCAAUAUCCUUACUAAGGGCUGAUAAUAACCUUCCACCUUGGCGUUCUGGUCUAAAAGAGGUAUUUGAUGCCAUAAUAUGCGACCCACCUUACGGCGUACGUGCCGGCGGCCGAAAAUCCGGUGGCCGCAAACUACUAAAAGGCAUAAUCGGCCCUUACACAGUCCCAGACGAUAAAAGAACCGAUCACAUACCUUCCACGGCUCCUUACAGCCUUGUCGAGUGCGUGCACGAUUUGCUCGAUCUUGCGGCCAAAAUGCUUGUAAUUGGUGGGAGGCUCGUUUACUUCUACCCUGUCCUUAGGGAAGAAGAUUCGCCGGAACCCACUUUCCCGGACCACCCGUGUUUUCAUCUGGUUGCGACAUGUGAGCAGAUUCUUAGCUACAGGUACAGUAGGGUUUUGUUGACCAUGGUUAAAGUCGCGCCUUAUAGUGAGGAGAUUGAGCUGGCGGCUAGGGUUAAGCACUUGGAGUUUAGGGAGAAUCAUUUGAAGUGGUUGGAGGAAGGGAAUUUGCAUUCGGCCGUUUUUAGUCCAGUGGAUUUGCAGGGUGAUGGGGGGGCGUUUGAGAAGUUUAGCUCCAAGCCGAAGUAUAGGGGCAAGUAUGUCUAAAUUUUUUUUGAAUCGAGACGGGUUGGUUUUGUUGUGAGUUGUUUGUUUAUGUAAGUUCUUGUGUGGUGGUGUGAAGUUUUCNUUUGUUUUUUGCUU